AUGAAUCCCCUAAUCUACGCGACUCGUGUUUCUUUCUGGUCGUUCUUAACAAUUCCUUUAUAAAUAUUUGUUGCUGAAGAAGAAAAGUUGUGAAUAAAUCGUUUAAAUGAUGUGUGGUGAUUGAUAAUUAAUUUUUUAAAAACAAAGUUUCAUUGAUCCCUAUUUUUUUUAUGACUUUUUGACGUAUGCUGGUGGCGACACCUGGCAGAACACAUUAGUCGUGUUGCAUUUAUCGGAUAUUGUGAAUAAAAACAAACAUUCGGGAUAAAUCAACGCGUGAAGAAGUAAAGUGAUGUGAAACGCGUUUUAUUAAUUUCGCUACAUCUUAUUAAUUUGUAUUCGUUCGAUACAUAUUGAUUAAUAAACCAGGGAAAGCCAGUUUUUUUUUGAUCGCGGGGUUACGUAUCUUGGAUUCUAGGUAUUUUGAUUUGUGACAACCAAGAAAGUGAAAUAUGGUUAGGUUCGCUAAAAACUAACGUCAACAUGUGGUUACAAAAAAUUUUCGUUUUUACCUUAAUAAUUCUUAGUAUUAUUUACGGCUCAUAUGCAAAUGACGACAAAAAUGGAUAUUCCAUACCGACCGGUGAUUUAAAUUUAGAGUACGGAAAAGAUGAAAUAAACGUAACAUGUGUCAUAACGAAUGAAGAGGUGAAAGAACAAAGAAUGCGAGAUCCUAGUAGUUUGAAUUUCACCUUCUGUAUUGGUAAAGAUUUUGUUCCAGAAAGUCAGAUAAUAAGAAUAAAUGAAACUGUUAUAAGGUAUGUAAAUAAAAGUCCUAAGAUGAUGAGUAUGUUUUUGGGUUGUGUCUACUACAAUUACUCGAUUGCAUUGAAUAGUAUAGUAGUUGGAUCUAAACCGCAUAACGUCACCGACUUUGAUUGUAUCGGCUACAAUUUGGAGAAUUUAACGUGUAGUUGGACUCCGGAUUCGAAAGCGCUAUAUGCUGUAAAGUAUACGUUAACCUAUUAUUAUAAUAACAAAACGCAGCGUACAACAGAAUGUGGUGAAUAUACGAAAGAAAAUAAUAAAACUUUGUGCGUUUUUUCCACAAGGAAACAACCUUAUUAUCGACCAUCGCACGAUAUAAUUUAUUUUAUUUUGAACGGUUCAAAUUUCCUUGGUGAGAAUAUCCAAACGUUCGAAAUCGAACAUUAUAAAAAAAUCAAAACCAGCCCGCCGGCUAAUUUACGAGUGGAGAACUCCACGGUAUCUUCGUUGUAUUUGUCUUGGGAUAUACCGGAUAAUAUGGUUAAAACUCACGUUUCUUUGGAACACAAUAUUACUUACACGUUCAAUAACAAAUAUUUUUAUAUGGGCAAGGUGUUUAGCACAAGCUGCGAUUCGAAGCGAAUUUACGCUAAUUUAACCGAUUUACCCUAUGCUUAUGUUUUGUACAACGUCAGGGUUUAUAUGAGAUUGAACGACACCGAUGCUACCGAUAUGUGGUCAAAAAAGGCGUUUAUAAUUCAUUUAACAAACGGAGCACUGCCGGGUGCCCCAAUCGCAAAUAGAAGAGCGUUUUAUAACGAAGGAUUACGUGUCGUUAUUUAUUGGAGUCAAGUGGAUGCUUUGUAUAGGAACGGGGCAAAUUUAACUUAUAUCGUUUAUUGUAAAACGAAAAGUUAUGAUUUGAAUGUUACAACAACAAACGGGUACUACGAAUUAAAUAACUUGAAUACGAAUCGCGAGCACAUAUUUGAAAUUCGUUCGGAAAAUCAUGUUGGGAAAUCUUUAAAUUAUUCUGAAAUUGUAAUACCGCCUCUAUAUAACCCCGAAAUGGAAAUGGAUUCUCCUGUUUUAAAAGAGUAUUCGGAGACAAAGUAUGGAUUAUCCUGGUCACCACCAUCUAAAGGGGCGGAACAUUUGGUAAAUUACACCGUCUAUUGGUGUGAAAGCUCAAAGCGGGCACAAUUUCAUCUUUGCUCAAAUAUCGAAUGGGCAACGGUACCGGCAAAUGAAACCAGCUAUAUCAUUCCGGUAUUUCGCACUAAUAAUAUCGACAUGGCAAUAAGUGCGAACGGUAAACGAGAGAGUACAUCCAUGAAAUGGUCGCAAUGCGUGGUACGUCACGACGAUAAUUUAUUACAUAAACCAUCGUUUGAGUUAAACGACGCAAUACCAUCAACUACAUCAAUAACUAUCAGUUGGAAAUUAAGAUGUAUGGAAAUAAGCAAAAAAAUUAAAAAUUAUGUUAUUGAAUAUUGUGAAGUGGCGUUAGUACAAACAUGUUUAAACCCGCAAAAAGUAAUAAGAGUACCUAUGAGUAGCAUUAAAGAGACGUCUUACACCAUUAAAAAUUUAGAAUCAUAUACAACAUAUAGAGUAGGCGUUUACAUGGAAGAUUCCGACGGGAGUGCUAGUCUUAGUAAACAGACGUAUGUUACAACUUUAGAAGGAAGACCACCUAGACCUAUCAAUUUAAAUAUUACAAAAGUAACAAACAAUUCAAUUACAUUUGAGUGGUCUCUUCCACAAAAACCCAUCAGUAAAGUAAUUCGUGAAAUUAAGGUGAAAUACAACAACCUCUAUAAAAAUGUCGCUCAAGCCAUUCAGACCGGGACUGACGAUUCCGUUCAAACACAAAACUUUACCUUAACAGAUUUACUAAGUUACGAAACUUAUAAUAUAUCGAUUUCGGCUUGUAUUGACGAAUGUUCAGACUAUUCAGAUGUUGUUUCUGCGAGAACUAAAGUUGGACAACCGAGCCGCAUCGAUAAAGUUAAUUAUUACUCAUUAAAUACAUCCAUAACUUGGGAAAAACCGAUACAACCUGCUGGAACUAUCGAUUAUUACGAACUAGUAGUGAGUUUAGACGAAAAACCUUUACACAAAGAUCCGCAACGCGUAAAUACAACGAUGCAUAUUCUAAAUAAAUGUAGUGAUACCUCACCCUAUGGAACCGUUUCUUAUAAAGUACGUGCAGUUAACAUUGGAGAAGAUGGGGAAAUAUAUAUGGGAGAUUGGAGUAAAGAAGAUAGACAAAGAUGCCAGAAAGUUAAAGAUUACACUGUUACUAUUGCUAUUAGUUUUGCAUUGUUUCUUAUUUUGAUUAUGGGUUUCGUUUUCGUCGUUUUUGGAAAAAAAUGUUACGUGUACAUAAUAACAAUGAAGGAUGUUCAAUUCCAACUACCAGAUGGUUUAUAUGAAAACAAAGAUCGUUUUCCUCGAGGAAAUGAACUAGAUUGUAUGAAAGAACCGCAAGGAGAUGAUCAAUUUUUAUUAGAUGAUAAAGAUGGUAUAAAACGAAGUGGGGAUUCAAGUGGUUGUAGUUCUGGUCAAGAUAGCGCCGAAUCAGAUUCCGGUACAAGUUUGGGAAGUUCGAGCGAUUCCGGGACUGAACAACCUCGAACGAAAGACGACGAUCAUCUCGUUGAAGCUGUUCCGUUAGAAGAUUUUAGUCUUUCAACGUCUGGGAAUGGACCUACAACGUAUUGUCAGUUGGGAUAUCCGAGUUCUCAUUCGGAUUCGAAGGAAAUGACACCAUUUAGUUUCCCGAAAGUUGAUAUCCCGCUUAUUAUUGGUAAUGAGACGCCUGGUUCUGAUAUUUCGCCAUACAUCCGGUGUGAGCAAGUGGAAUCAAGGUCGAUUAAUCCGGGUUACGUGGCUAAUCCGAUUCCUUCUUCCGGUUAUGUACCGCAUACCGUUGAGGAGAAAAAAUCUGGUUAUGUUCCUCAUCCAAGUGUUGAGAAAAAUACCGGAUAUGUAAUGGCAGCAGAAAAAAAUUCGUUAAUAUCACCAAGCAAUGAGAACAAAGGAUAUGUUCAAGUAGCUGAUGUGAGUAACUCUCAGAUGUUAAACAACGAAAAUUUACCGAGAACUAACGGUUACGUUAGUUAUGGAGAUGUAAAAAGUUUGCCAGCAUCACCUGAGAUGAAAGCAACCAGUGCAUACGUGCCACAUAAACAGUUGGAUGAAGUGUUGAACAAAUAGUUUGUGUUUUUUAAUGAACAUAGUUUGUGUUUUCUUGUAAAAACAAUAAAAGGAUGAAGAAGAGACUGUUUUCCGCGCUGACUGCGUUUUCUUUUACAAUCACUCUGCGAAUAUGAUGAAGUUAUUAGGUCUUUACAUUUUGCGUUUGGGAUUCUGUGAUUAGGUUUGUAAGCCUUCCUGUGUUUAUUAUUAUUAAUUCAUUUUUUUCUUAUAAUUUUAAUUUGUGUACAUAAAGUUUAAUAUUUGUAUAUAUUUAUAAAUAUAUAUAAGAUUUUUUUUGAAUGUGGUUGGAAAAAACACUGAUGAUCGGUGCCUUAAGAUGACUGAAAGGUUUUGUUAAAUUAGAUUAAAAAACACCUAUUGCCAUUUCUGCAAAAACUUGCCAGUUUACUCGUACAUAUAGAUUUAUGUAUAUUUGCUUGGACGGAAACGUAUUUUCACCUUAUUUAUAUACAAAUGAAUCGAUAUGUAUACACACACGCUCACAAAACAGGAAAAGAAAAUGAAAAGAAAGAAAUUUGAUGUUCUAUGGAUAGUGUUAUAUAUUCUAAUACUUUAUAGUUUUACAUUUUUCUUUUUUUAUACAAAAAAAUGGGGGGGAUUUUUGCAAUCUACCAAUGUGAAUGGAAUAAGCCCGUUUUAUUCUCAGAUACUCAAUGGAGCGUAGCGAUAGUAAUAUUCUUGUUUAUUAAUUUUUUAUCAUGUAACGUUCUAAUUUGUUUUUAAUCGUGCUUAUUACAUUGGUCUGAUGUUCAAAUCUAAACUCCUCCGUUCGUUGUUUUGCGACAUAUAUCGUAUUUAUGUAUUUUACACAAUAUAUAGAUAUAAAUAUAUGAUGUAUACAAGAUAUGAUGAUGCUAAAUUAAUUAAUGGAUUAACGUUUAUUUUUCAUAAGGAUUCGUACGACUUUAGUUUAUAUAAAUUGUAAUGCUUGUAAUGUUCCUUUGUCACUAAUAUAUAUAUCAUGUAUAA